AUGAGAAGACUGCGCGGACAGUCGACGUAUUACAACGACUAUUGCGAACAUCUGUCACCUGAAUUCAAGACGCGGCCGUUCAAGCCGCGCGUGAAGAAGCUGAGGCCGUGCCAUGAAGUAGUGGAGACGAAAGAAGAAGACGAACCAGUCGUCCCUCAUGCGCCGAAGUUGGCGAUGAAGGACACGGAGCUGAUGAAGGCCGCUAAGGAGAUGUACGACGGGGGAAAGGACACACCGACACUAGAGCCCCUGCCCACCCACUUUCGAACGGCCGUCCAUCACAAUUCCAAAGUCCUCGGCUACGUGCGCCCGUGCUACUACAACACGGGGCUGACGGAGUACCAGGGCGGCAUCGCGCGGCUGGCGUACGAGCUGGUGAGGGACGACCGUAUACCGCGCUACCACGCGCACAACGGCUGCCGCCCCCGCUGGGGCCUCCCGCCCGAAGGCCAGCGCCAGCCGGAGCUGGACGUGGUGCCCUUCGAGGACCAGAGGCUGUAC